AUGAAUCGUAUUUUUGGUCGAGGAAAGCCGAAAGGACCAGCACCCAACCUUACAGACUGUAUAUCGGGCGUUGAUUCCCGAGCAGAGUCAAUUGACAAAAAGAUCGCCAGAUUGGAUCAAGAACUGAUGAAAUAUAAAGACCAAAUGAAGAAAAUGAGGGAUGGUCCCUCAAAGAACAUGGUCAAGCAGAAAGCCAUGCGAGUCCUCAAACAGAAGAGAAUGUAUGAGGGGCAGAGAGACCAGCUGAUGCAGCAGUCAUUUAACAUGGAGCAGGCUAACUACACCAUCCAGACCCUUAAAGACACUAAAACUACUGUGGAUGCGAUGAAAGUUGGAGCCAAAGAGAUGAAGAAGGCCUAUAAGAACGUGAAGAUUGACCAGAUCGAGGAUCUGCAGGAUCAGUUGGAGGACAUGAUGGAGGAUGCCAGUGAGGUGCAGGACGCCCUGAGCCGUAGCUACGGAACUCCAGACAUCGACGAGGAUGACCUGGAGGCAGAGCUGGACGCGCUGGGUGAUGAGCUCCUAUUGGACGACGACAAUUCUUACCUGGAUGAGGCAUCUUCUGCUCCUGCUAUACCCGAGGGAGCACCUGGAGACAGAGGAACCAAUCGGGAUGGCGUUCUGGUCGAUGAGUUUGGCCUCCCUCAGAUCCCAGCCACAUAAAACAAGGACAACAGGAAGACAGUUCUCUCCC